GUCUUUUAUAUGAACUUUUUAUUUUUGUGCGUGUUGAAAUGAUUUUGGCUAUGCGUUUUUGGUGAUGGAAAUGGAUUUAAAAGCGCGGGUGGCGAGUUGAAACCCAAUUUUUAAUCACUGGAUAUUACUUUUGUCACUUGGGUUCUUGAGAGGAAGAAUUGGACCUGGGUUUUGCCCGCUGAGAGUGAUGGUAGUGAAAUUUGAGUUGCCGUUGUUUGGACGUUGGAGCACGUGAUUGAAGAUUUUGGGUUCGUGUUAGAAUUUGGAGACACCUUUUGUUUGCGUUUGAGCAUGGGAGGUGCUUGUUGUGUUGCUGCUAGAGAUAAAAAUAUAGUAAGUGGACCAGGUGGUGACAUCUUGCAUAGAAAUAUUCUUUAUUCACCAUCUUGGAGCUUUAGAUGGGAUAAUCGAGGGCGAGUAGCUGGGGAAGAUACUUCGAUAAGUUGGUUUUCUGGUGGAAUUAGCAGGAAUUAUGGAUCAGAUAUUAAACAUGAAUCAACCUAUGCAUCUGAGGAUGGAAGCCCAACGGAGAGUUUCCAGAGACGUACAUGGCAGAAAUCCCCAACAUCUGAAGGAACAGCUUCUCGUGUGAGGACUCCUACUUCAGAUCAAUCCAUCCCGAGGAAUAUCUCAAUGGACAUGAGUUUGGAACAGGUGGAGGAGUCAACAGAAUCCACUGCAGUUCUGAAACUAUCUCCUGCAAAAUCCUCGCUUUCAUUGCCCUCAUCUUCAUCCUUGUCAACAUCUCCGCUUCCAUCCCAAGGUCACCUACAUCCUGCAAGCUCAACACCAAGGUGGCUCCAGCAUUCUUCUAGACAUCAACUAACAAAGCCAGUAUCUGAUGCGCUAAUCCCUGGAUUGAAGUCAUCAAAGAGCAUCCCAGUUUCUGAUGAGAGGCCUCCUAUUCCUUCAGGGAGCAAUGGAUCAACUCGGGGAUGCCAUGGCGAGUCUUCAGAUGGUUGGUCUAUGCAUGCAUUUUCUGAGCUGACGGCCACUUCUAAUAGAGAAAGGUGGUCUUCUGAUAACGAGUGCUUGGGCUUUAAUCAUAAGAAAACAAGAUCCAGUGGUCAAAACUCAUCUUUUCCUUCGGUUGAUCUUCAAACAUGUGGGAUCUGCUUGAAGCUAUUGACUGAAAAAUCUUUGUGGAGCAGCCAGAAGCUUAUUGCUAGUAAUGAGCUCUCCGUUGUUGCUGUCUUAACUUGUGGUCAUGCUUAUCAUGCUGAGUGUUUGGAAGCUUUGACACCUGAAAUUGAUAAGUAUGAUCCUGCAUGCCCAUUUUGUACCUUGGGAGAGAAGCAGGCCUUUAAGCUGUCUCAAAAAGCUUUAAAAACAGAAACGGAUUUGAAGGCUAGAAACAAGAAACUGAGGAGCAGAGUAGUUGAUAGUGAUCUUGAUGGUGAUUCCAUCAUGUUUGAUCGCUUAAAAGGUGGUGGACAGGAAGGAAAGGGUCCCGAGAUGGGCUCAAGUGCCAGCAUGAAAAGCUCCUUGGCGAAGCCUUUCUUGAGGAGACAUUUUUCAUUUGGAUCCAAAGGGAGUAGAUCCUCCACGGAGACUCACUCAACUAGAAAGAAAGGGUUCUUCUGGACAAAAUCAUUGAGGGGAUGAGGUUCUUCUCAGCUGUGAAGCGGACUUCAACUUUCAUGGGUGUACAGAUUUUAGUGCUGACCUUCUCUGCGUUGUCAACAAAAAAAAAAAAAGGAUUGUGGGGGCCGCGGGACAUCUUCCUUAAGGAAUUCGGUUUGGAACUGCUCCAUCAGCGGACACAUUUUUUAAACUGUCUCCCAGGAUUUCCUUGUGGAGCUAUACUGUAAAGACGUAAAGGAAUUUAUAGAAGUCUUGUAAAUCAUGAAAAGAUUAGUAGAAUGAAUAUGUAUCACAAGAUUAGUGAUUGUAUUUGUAUUUUGUACAGAUUAAUUUGUUUCUUGCUUGGAACACAGCGCAUGAAUUGAUUCAAAUUAAUGAUUAAUGUAUGGACCCAUACAUGAAUAAGUCAACAUCAUUCCUUGUGGGAUUUGGUAC